GUAUUACUUUACGUUUCAGUUGUAUGGCGAAUAAUGUUAAAUUAUUUUAUCCUAAAAAGUAGCAAAAAUUGUAAAAACUUAUAAAAUCAUUGUGAAACCGUAUUAAUCAUAUGUAAAAGUAUUAAAAUGUUUAUAAAGUUUUAUAAAUCGGUUAUAAAGUAGUGGAUUAAAAUUUAUAAAUUAGUUUUAAAGGCUUAUAAAUCAAUCUAAAAUAAUAUAUAAAUGAUAAUAAAGAUUUUAAAAAAAUUAAAUGACUUUUAAUGAAAAAACCCCUAAACUAUUUUGAAUCGUAAAAAAACCUUCAACUAAGUUUUCAACAUUAUAAACCCUCAACUUAUAAACCGUUAACGUAUGUCACCCUCCGUCACGAUUUUUUAGACGGAGGGUAAGAUUUGUUAACAUAAUUAAAGUUGAUGAUUUAUUUCACCGAAAUUUUAGUUGUGGGUUUUUUUUACGAUUCAUUUUUAGUUGAGGGUUUUAAUUAAUAAAAAACAACAGUCUCAUAGUAAUUCUUUGUUUUCAUAUUAUAACUUUUAUCAUUUUGUUCCCUUAAAUUUUAUUAAACUAGUUAUAUCUAUCUAGUGUGUUCAGUUUUGUUGUGUAAAUAUCAAUCUAUAAUAAUUUUAAAGUUUCUAAUUUCAAUUCACUUUAUUUCUAUGAAUUAUUUUUUUUCUUUUUGGGAUAUUAAAAUAUGAUAAUAAUAUAUUAUUUUCUGUGAUUAACUAUUUUCAUAAUUUUAAAACAAUAAUUCAAAACUAUAUUUUUCAAUGUUGGUAAUUUGUUACUGUUAGUGCAUCUAAAAUGUAUUCAAAACAUAAAACAUAUCUUUAAAUUGUUUUAUAAGUAUCUCUUUAAAAACGGAGAGAAUUAAAGAUUAGGAAAAAUAUUUAUUGUAAUCAUAUAUUAAUUAUAUAAUAAUAUAAUAUAAACUGUGAAAUUAUUUUAAAUAAGUUAUAAGUAAAAUAUAUUGUGCCACACAUAAAAUAUUUUUCUAGAUCCGCCUCUGCUGUUGUAAUUUUUUUGAUAUGUGUUUAUAGUUUUGGGAAUAGUAAUAGGCUUAUUUUGGUGGGUGUAGGGUUUAUGAUUUAAUUAAGGAUUUGAUAGGGAGGCGUGAUAUGUCGGUCUUAGCUACAUACAAUGUUUGAUAAAAAAAAAAGCUACAUAUAAUGCAUGUGAUCAGCAUUUUCCGAGUCAAAAUUUCUUUAUUUGGAGUUUAUGUAAUAACAAGACAUUUUCAACAUUUAAUUUGCGGCAUUUUAUUACAGUUAAAUCGUCGAUAAAAAAAUUAUCAAGUUUUUCUUUCACAAUUAGGCUCAUUGUAAUUUGGGAAGAGUUUGGGUCAGGCUCUAAUCUUACCCUAGACAUGGAACCAGUCGAUGCUAAUUAAUAGCAAUAAAAUAACACAGAAAAUUUCUUCCAUUGAAAAUCAAACUAGAAACACAAUAAAACCAAUAACCCAAUGCACUUUUGAUAAAAAUCUAUUCAUAUAGAUAUUCGUUAUUUUCAGAUUACACAAGAUUUCUCCCUCUAAUUAUAAUCUACUAUCAAAUAAACUUGUUUUUCUUUUCUUUCUUUUACCCUUGGCAAUCAGAGUUCCUUCUUUUUUGUAUCCCUAAUUCUUUUCAUCUAUAGAUAGUAAUAUUAAAAGUCACCAAAAUGAAAAUCAAACGAAGAAGCAAAUUUGAAGCGAGUAUUAAAAAUGAACUUAGAUAACUAAACCAAAGGUGUCUUUAAGCAGAUCAAUAUGUAUACUAAAUUUCCUAUGAUAUAUAUAUAUAUGUUAGCAUAUUUUACUAAAAAGGUAAAAUGCAUUAUAUACAGAAAGUACUUUUAUGUUGCUGCGUGUCAACAAUGCGACAUAUACAUUUUUAAAAUUAACAUGUAUAUUCUUUUUUUUUAUAAAUAAGAUCUCAGAGUAUUAAUAUUUUUAUUAAAAAGGUAAAAAUGGACUAAUAAAAAGGGAUAUAUAUUUAUUUUAGGUGUAUAAAAAACGCAGUAAAUUAUUGAAAUUAGUAUUAAAUAGAAAAAUUUGAAAAACCAAAUUAGAACAUUUAAGUGUGUGAUAUUUGUAUCUUUUAAUAAAAUAUCCAAGUGAACCAAUGUAUAAUAAAAACACCAAUGAAACCAUAUAGAAAAUUGAAAUGUUUAUCCAAUUCCAUUUAUAAUGAUUAUUAAUAAAACGAUUAAAUAACAUAAAAUAUUUGAAAACCAAGCAGGGACAUAGAAUUAUCGGGGUGAUUGGUAAGUGCAUGGAUUUUAUUUUUUUGCUUUAGAAUAGUAGAUGUAGAUUUAUUUGUUGUAACUAUUUUUGCUGUAACUUUAUAAAUCACUAUUUUUUGCUCUAGAGAUAAAGCUUUGUAUAACUUUUUUUUUUAUUAUUUUUCAGAGAUAUUUUUGAUGUGGAUUUUUAAAAGAAAUGAAAGCAUGAUUGAUUGACAUGUAUGACUUUAAAUUAAUUUUGGGUUUCUAGAUCAUCUACAGCCACAACCAAUCACCCCCUCAUCUUUACUAUUAUAAAUACCUAAAUAUUUGGAGGUGUAUUCAACAAGAAGAAUUUUUUUAAAAAAAUUAGGAUUGUUAAUAUGAAUUUAUUUUUCAAACUCGUCACAUUCAUAUUCCUAGUUUCUCUAGUUCAAUCUAUAGAAAGUGUCAGAAAUGUGAAAUCAUUUAAGCUAAACGAGAAGAUUAUAUAUGAUUGUGUGGAUAUAUAUAAACAACCUUCAUUAAGCCAUCCACUACUCAAAAACCAUAAAAUUCAGAUGGAACCAUCUUUUUCAAGCUGGAAACCAAAAAGGCAAACAAAUAAUAAAAUUGAAAAUAGAAUAAGCAUCAACUGUCCAAAUGGAACAGUACCUAUACUAAGAAAUACAAAAGAAUAUAUCGCAAAUGCUAAGUAUUGGGCUGAGAAACACUUCAACCCACUCACAGAAGAUAGUCCAGGGACACAUAUUGCUGGAGUUAGAUCACAACAUGAAGGUCCUUACCAUGGUUUAGCAGCUUGGAUGAGUGUGCAUGAUUUGAACAUUAGUAGAGACCAAGCUUCAUAUGCUAAUAUAUAUGUUGGCAGUGGAUACAACAACAAAACUAAUUUUAUCCAAACCGGUUGGAUGGUAAAUCCAAGUUUAUUUGAUGAUGGACGGACAUGGAGUUACGGGUUUUGGAAGGGUGCCAAUGGAGCAGGAUGUUACAAUACAAUAUGUCCUGGUUUUAUUCAAGUGUCAACAACAGAUCCUUUAUCUGUUCCUUUUCCUUAUCCCCGGAAAGGAGAUAGGGCUGUUAAUCCUAGUAUUUCACAGGAUUAUGCAACCGGACAUUGGUGGAUAAUACUCGUAAGAGCCACUAAAAAGGAUAUAAAGAUUGGUUAUUGGCCAAAAGAACUAUUUGAUAUCAUAGGUCGUAGUGUGGAUAUGGUUGGAGUCACGGGAGUAGUCCAAGCUUCCGCUUCUGGUAUUAGUCCACCAAUGGGCAAUGGUCAUCUGCCAACUCAAAAGGAAGACGUAUCCGCACGUGUUAAAAACCUCCUCAUUGUAGACACUAAAUAUAAUUUCAUGGCUAGUCGCAAUUAUAAGCUAGAGAAGCUAUUAGACAACAACAAAUGUUAUGGAUUAAAAGAUGGAAAGAAACGAAUUUUCUUCAAAGAAUCUAAUUUGUUCACAUAUGGUGGACCUGGAGGAGAUCCUUGUGGAAUAUAAGCUUAUAAAACAGUCUCUUGUAUAUUGCAAUAAAUAAUUGAGAUUUUAUGUUUCAUGUUCAAGUAUUAAAAUUUUAUUAUAUCUAUUUGAUCUAUUAUUAAUGUGGUGUAUUAAAAGGUUAUAAGGGUUUUAUUUCUUAGUUAGGGGCCGGAUUUUUGCAUCAUGUGCAUAUAUAUUAUAUAUACAGUAUAAAUUCUAUAAAUUAAUACUUGAAAAAUUAAUAAAAUUUUCUGGCCUCGAGUUGGACUGGUUCAAAAUAUGAUACGAAUCGAUAAAAAUAUAAGAUAAUA